AUGAACGUUUCCGGAGCAUUCGAAGGAACAUGUUCUACGAUAAUCCGAAGGUUUUUCCGGCGUCGGUAUCAAGCAUCAAUAUUUCUCGGGAUACUUGUGAUAUUCCUAUUCCUUCUCAGUUUAUCCACAAAUGCUUCUUAUUUUGAGUCCGGCGACGUUGCAGAGGUGAGUAAGCUUUUUUUCAAUUUCUCAAACAUCAGUUGCCGACAACUUUGUGUUUACCGCCACCAGCCGAUCUUUGAAUACGUCAUCAGAGAAAGAAGGUUGCGAUCUAGCUUUUGGCUACUUUUUUUGCAAAAUGAAACAUUCGGGCGUAUCGCCACGCGAAUCUCAUAAGAUUUGGAACGCUGGCGCGCGCGAAGCGCGUCACGGAUAACGCAAGGCUGCGUGAAAAAUAGGGACUUUUUCAGUACGGAACAGUCGGAUCCGAGCUGCUGAUGACAAAGGAGCUGAGGAUGUUGAGGUUGGCAUUUCUGAAGUGGCGGACGUGUAUGACGGAAGAGUUGGAUGACCAGCAGUUGUCGUUGGACGAUAUGGAUCCACAGGAUCCACAGUUCAGGUACCUACAGUGGAUGGUCAGUCAAGCUGAGAAAAAAAUGACAGAGACCGACAAAGAUAAGGAAGAAAAGUUUCAAAGUGUAAGUUUCCCUCAUUUUCCAGAACAAACUCGACAAAUCUAAUGAGUUUUACUGAAAACCAGUCACCCACAUUCAGUUCUUCAAGUUAUCGAACUCUAUUUUUCAGCUCUGGCACGAAUUGGGCAGUUAUGCCGAAAAAUGUCGCUCAAAGACCGACAUGUGGCACAUGGAACCUGAAACUGUUCCUGGAACGGCACUCAAAUUUUUUGCCCCGUCUCCAGUGGUGAGUUUUAGUCUGUUUCAGCUUUUCUUUGCGUUGAAACCGGCAAAAAAUCUGAUUUCAGGACAUCCCCGCCACGUUUGUGCGUGUAGGCAUCGGGGCGAAUGUAUCGAUCGAGCGAUACUUCAAAAAACAUUUGUCGCCGGUGAGUUGUUUUGCUGAAAAUCUCGAAAAUACAGUCUUCUCAACAUUUAGGACUCUGAAUUCUUCGGCGCCGAUCCUGUUUUUUUGGACAAUUCUCAAAUUUACGAACCAAUCGGCACAUUCUUCCCGUUCGCCGUCGGCAACGAAACAGGACUCAAGCAGGCGACACUCAAAUAUUCCACAGGUCUGUUCAUACACUGCGCGAGGGUUUUAACAUCAAAAACGUUCUCCAGAUCGUAUUUCUUCGAAGGUUGUGAAUUACAUCGGCAUUGAAACAUUCUUCAAGAACCUCAUCAGAAAAGAUGUCGUCGACUUUUUGGUGUUCGAGGGCGACGGCGGCGAAUACGAUGUGAUGUCGCAUUUGGCCAAGGAUGGAUCACUUGAGCUGGCUGGAAUUACAGUCUGUCAGAUCAACAUUGAGGUAAACAUUUUUGACCUCGACAAUAUUAAUUAAAACCGGACUUGCAAGAGCCCGGUCCGGCGUGUUGCAUGUCUGAUAUAAACAUUCUGCUUUCAGUAUCAUUUUCCUAAAGAUAUGGUUGAUCCGAGGAAGGAAAUCUUCCGACAGCACGUGUACCAGUUUAUAAGGUACAUUUUGCUGAAAGAAAGUUAUUGAAAAUCUUACCAAUUUCAGAGACCGAAAAUAUGCUCUCCUGAGCGCUACAAACAUGGGUAACUUGCGACUAUUCUGGGUCAACACUUCGUCGAUGGAGUGUGCACGUCGAUAUCUGGAGCGGUUAUUCUCCAAUGACGUCGAUUUGGGUUAA